UAUCCCGGGGAGGCCCCAGCCAGGAGGGGUCGGGGUCGGGGCCUCCGCGCCCGCAGGAGGCCGGGCGGAGGGUGGGAGCGACGCCGGGAGCCGGGUCGGCGCGGGGGGCAGGAGGGAGGCGGCUCCGGGGUCCCCGCGGUGGGCGCUGCGGGGGAAGGUGGCAAGGCGGCGGAAAGCGGAGAGGCUUCGCCCUCGGCCGCUCUCGGUUCCGCCUGUAUUUUUACACGAUUCGUUUAAUUUGAAUUUGCGGCGCCUUCGGUUGGCUAGGUGCUGGUUUUUCUCCUUUUUAUUUUAAUUUGGGGUGGGUGUUUUGGGAGCGCUAUUUUUAUUUAUUUAUUUAUUUCCUACGCUUUAGCUUCUCCGGUCGAAGCGAUCGCGCGUGGGUCCCGGCGGGGCACGGGAGCCUGGGCUGCGGCGGGGUGCUGGGGCCGCGGCAAGGCAGCGCACCGGAGCCGUGCCUGGCCCUCUCUGGCUCCGCUGCCGCGCUCGCCUCGGCUAAGGAGUAGCACGCUGCCCUCAUUUAAAGUCUCUCUCCCCUCCUCUCUCCCUCUUUCUUCCUAGGAUUUUCUUCCCGUCUCGGAAGCCCAUCAGAGGCACCAGCUGCUCCGAAGGCUCGCGCCCACCUCGAGAAGAUGGGAAGCAAGGCUCUGCCAGCCCCCAUCCCGCUGCACCCGUCCCUGCAACUCACUAACUACUCCUUCCUCCAGGCUGUGAACACGUUCCCCGCAGCUGUGGACCAGUUGCAAGGUCUGUACGGACUCAGCGCCGUGCAAACCAUGCACAUGAACCACUGGACAUUGGGCUACCCCAAUGUACAUGAAAUCACCCGCUCUACCAUCACGGAGAUGGCGGCCGCGCAGGGCUUGGUGGACUCCCGCUUCCCUUUCCCCGCGCUCCCCUUUGCCACGCACCUCUUCCACCCCAAGCAAGGCGCCAUCGCCCACGUCCUCCCAGCAUUGCACAAGGACAGGCCCCGCUUUGACUUUGCCAACCUGGCCGUGGCCGCCACGCAGGAGGAUCCCCCCAAGGUGGGAGAGCUCUCCAAGCUGAGUCCCGGACUGGCCUCGCCCCUGUCGGGCAUCAGCAAGCUGUCCCCGGACCGGAAGCCUUCCCGCGGCCGCCUGCCCUCCAAGACGAAAAAGGAGUUCAUCUGCAAGUUCUGCGGCAGGCACUUCACCAAGUCCUAUAACCUCCUCAUCCACGAACGAACCCACACGGACGAGCGGCCUUACACCUGCGACAUCUGCCACAAGGCUUUCCGGAGGCAGGACCACCUGCGGGACCACCGGUACAUCCAUUCCAAAGAGAAACCCUUCAAGUGCCAGGAGUGCGGGAAGGGCUUCUGCCAGUCCAGGACCCUGGCGGUCCACAAAACCCUACACAUGCAGGAAUCUCCACACAAAUGCCCCACAUGUGGAAGAACCUUUAAUCAGAGAAGUAACCUGAAAACUCACCUUCUUACCCAUACAGACAUCAAGCCCUACAACUGUGAGCAGUGCGGCAAAGUGUUCAGGCGAAACUGUGAUCUACGGCGGCACAGUCUAACUCACACCCCGCGGCAGGACUCCUAG